AUGAUUGAAGAAUUGAUCGAUAAAAAGAAGGAACUGGAAGGAGAAAAUGACGUCAACGAAAAAGCCAAUGAUUUGUUUUAUACAAUGUUGGACGAUAUGUGCAUAGCUGUUUUAUACAAUGAAGCCGAUGACAAGCUUUUGGAUACAUUGUAUAGGAUCUACAUGUAUAUUGGAUCUACUCGACUAGCCAAAUUUACCUUAGAGUAUUCCUUGACUGCUCCAGAAGAAAGUGAUGAUUUGGCAGGAUUGAUACCACCAAACAUCACGUCAAAAGUACGAUUAAAUCGCAUCCUUGAACAGUUGCAUUUGAAAAAAGCAAACAAAGAGUAUACUAAAGAGCCAAAUGAUCAAGAAUUAAAGUUUCUCGAGCCAUUCAAACAAGAAUUUUUGAAUCUGAUCUCCAAGUCAAAGAAGAAAAAUGUAACUUCUAUAGAAUGUGGAAAUAAACAUGGAGAAUUAACUUGGUCGAAUAUUAUUGACUCGAUUAACCUUCAUGUUAAAGAUGUUCGAGAUGAUUUAAAAGUGGAAGAUAUUCACCGUCCUCGGCUUAAAUUCUUGGAACCUUACCUUCUCACUGAAGAUGUCAUGGAUAAAAUAGAAUUGCUGUUCUCAGAAUCAGCUUUUGUUGCAAACAACGUUGAAAAGGAAGUUGAAACACCAACUCAAACCAAUGAAGAAGUGGAAAAAGCUGAAAAUAAUGAUCAGAAAAGUCCGGAAACAGAACAAUCAAUCGAAACCAAACAAAUACAAAGAGCAUCCAAAAGAUUGGCCAAAGUUGAUAAUACAACUACAGAAAUCCCUGAAAUCCAACUUGAGAAUCAUCAUUUUGCAAACAUUUCAACCUUUGUCAAUGAGUUCACAACCACCUUAUCACCAAAAUUUCCCGAUAUUUCGGUGCUUGACGUUGCAUUAACUUAUUUACAGACCAAUAAAGAAACUCCUCAGCAUGUCAAAGACUUUAUAGUUACUCUUUGUGAUUGGAAUUCUGAUUCCUUUUCGAGAUCAUUUCUUGGAUCAGAGUCCAACGGGUCUAAAUCAAAAGAAAUUACAAAUGAUGACAACUCAAAGCUUUUAGAGUUGUUAAGCAAAUUUGGAAAUAAUGGCAAACUGUCAAGUGGUCCGUCCUAUUUGAAGAUUAAUGAAGUUGAAACAAUGGAUACUAUAAGAGAAAAUGUGACUGAAUUAAAUAGUCGAGGCUUGAGUUAUGAACAGAUCAAGUUUGAGAUUAUAUCACACUUAUUGGGAGAUUACAAUGAUUCUUUAAUCCUCAAUACGAUAUGGGAUGAUAAGCUAUAUACCAAGUUUAAAGAAUGGAUAAUCCAAUUUGAAAGGUUCAUGUAUACUGAAGAAGAAACAACUUUUGCCAAGUUGAACUUGGCGAUUUCAGUAUAUGAAGUAUUGAUUGAUAGUUCAAUAAGUUUGGAAUUACAAGUAAAGGAUUUAAUCAGUUCAAAGCUGAAAUUCAAUCGAGCUAAUGCCAAUGGUAUGUGUCAAGAGUUACUUAGAAUCAAUGAUAAAAUCAAAAAAUGGGCCCUCUUGAUUGAAGAUCUUCUUUUUGAAAGUGAUAAAGAUGAGCAGAAUUUUGUAAUUAGGUGUCGAUUUCAAUGGGCGCAAAUAUUGAAAGAAAAGUCUCAAAUGGUGUCAUGGAAUGAAAACAAGUCAAUUAAAACCAAAUUAGAAAAUUUAUUAAACAUAACCGAGGGAUCGUCGUAUAAUAUUUCAGUGAAUUUCCCUAAUUAUAAGAAUUUCGUUGAGCUUAACCCUGAAGCUAUUCAAAAUCAAUUAACAAUGACAUCCGUGCUUUCAAUAUUUUGGAGAAUUUUGUACGUGAAACCAAAAGGAGAUAAUAAAGAAGCUAUUGAACUUUUAGAAGAUAUCUUGAUGGAUAAUAAACGUCCUGCUGACACUACUGAUGAUGCAAUUACUUCAAUCAAAGAGUUCUUGAAGGUAUCUUCGGUUGAUAUGAGACUUAACUUAUGGAGAGUUUUGCUUCUGUUCUAUAAUAACCUGGAUGAUAUGUGGGAACAAUUUAUUGUAGGAUUCCAUGACUGUUUACACUUUUUGGUGAAUUAUUUGCAUACAGAUGGUUACAAAAACUUAGAGCAAUCAAUUAGAUCAACUACCCUUUUAAAGAUUUUGGGAUUUUAUGAUGAUAGUUUAAGCUUGGUGAUUACCAAUUUAAAGAAAUUCAAUUGGAAUUUGAUUACUUCCGAUAGUAUGGACUUUUUGAUAUUACUCAAAUUCUUUGAAUUAUGUUUAUUAUUUGAAACUCAUGAACAAGCAACCUAUAUCACAUCAUUGCGUACUUCAAUUAAGGAGAGAUCCACCAGUUCUUAUGAAAAAUUAAAGGAUAUAUUUAUUAAGACGAUUGUUUUAAUGACUGCCUUGUUUAAGAAAUCACUUGAAGAUGACCCCAAGUUAUUACAAACCAUUAUAAAACUUUUGCAUAAACAGCUAGGUGCUAGUGGAAUCUGUGAUGGAGCUAAUGGCUGGUUUUUAGAAAUUUCACAAGAUUAUUUAAGUCAUUUGCCAGAUUGUGAUGAAGACCUUUCACAAGUUAUAUUCUGUCGUUAUCAUUAUAAAAUCAAUAUUGGAGGUUUCAAUCCGGUUGACCACUAUUCACAAAGGAAAAGUGAACUUGAAAAGAAUGAUUGUCAAGAAUUAGCCAAGUUUGUAAUUCCAUUUUGUUUCAAGAAAAAUCCAAUUAUCCAUCCUCCAAAACAUGAAAUUAAACAAUUGAUUGAUGAAAUGUAUAAUGUUGUUGGUGAUCCUGAUUUUGAUUCCAACGAAUCCUUAUAUAGAAAUAAUGCGUCAUUGGAGUAUUUCUUGGAAUCAACGAUACUAUCACCUAGAUUUUUCCGAGAUGCUUUCUACGGGUUGCUCAAUUUAAGAAUCGACAAGGCAGAACAUUCAAUAUUUACUGAUUUAUACUAUUUGCAAGGAUUAUCAAUAUUUUCAAGUUAUAAACUCCGGAAGAAGAAUAUGCAAGGAAGAGCAGUUGAAUUGGAAAAUGUUAUUCAAUUAUUGACCUAUGAUUUAAUUUUUGGAAGUUCACGAGUUGAGAGUUGGUUCUUAUUGGGACAAGCUUAUGGGUUUCUCGUUGAGGAUGAUUUAAUUUGGACAGCAGAUAAAUUAACUGUGGCAGAUAGAAAAAUUACUACAGCUAACCUUCAAAGAAGAUCAAUAAUCUGUUACUUGAUGGCUAUAAACAAGAGUAUUGAUGAUCCAGAAAGUAUUAAACCAAUUAUGGGAAAUUUAAUGUCUUGCUUCGCUAAGGAAUUGUUUAGUGCAUGUAUGAGUCCAAUGGAUAUGCAUGCUUUCAAAGUGCAAACGCAUCCAAAGUUUAUUAGAAAAAUUUCAGGAGCUUCAUUUAUUAAUGUAUCUGAUACUGCUACCGUCUCCAAGAAGUUUUGUUGCAAGAUUAUUCAACAAUCAUUACAACUAGCCAUCAAGUCAAACAACAAGGAUUGGAGUGAUUAUUAUUACUUGGCCAAAAUUCAACGGAAAUUGGAAAAACCUCAUGAAUUAGUAUUAGCUACUAUGAAGAAGUCUUGUCAGAUGGCAUUUGAAUUGUUCAAAUCACAAGAUUGUAUAGUUGAACCACAUUAUGCAUUGGUAUCACUUGUGAUCAAGUACCUCAAACAAGACUUGAUUGAUAUCAAACAAGGAAUUAAAUUUUUGAAUGAGGAUCCAAUUGUAGAUCUUGGAGUGGAAGCAUGUGAAUCCAAACUGGAUUUUUACAAGCAUGUAAUUACUGCACUUAGAAAACUUGAUGAUUUUGAUAAGAAAAAUUGGCAACAUAAACCAAAAUUUAGAAUUGCCAAAAUUCUUUAUGAAGAAUUUAAAGAUAUUGAUGAAGCAAUUGAAGAAAUGUCCUCGUUUGUUUCAUUGAAAACUACAAAUAAGUCAUUAAUUCUGGUUUGGAAACCAGAGCAUGAACGACCAGGGAAGCAUUUCUACUAUACAUUUCAAUAUAUCCAAUUUUACAUUGACCUACUUAAUAGCAAACAGGAUAUAAUCAGCCUCAUCUUGAUGUUGCCCAAAUUAAGAAGAUCAAACUCAAUCAUGAUAAAUCUUUAUACUGCUUGGGAAGGAUUAUGUUCUUCAGUAUGCAAACUCAUAAGAAACCUGAUGGGAAUUGGGGAAAGUUUCACAUUUACCGAAACUAUUAUAAAUAAUCUUUCAUAUCAAUCAUUUACAGUUAAUGUUAAAUCAUUUAUGGAGCUAAUGACUCAAAAGGGAAUUCCUAGUGAGUUGGAGCCACAUGUUUGUUUUUUACAUGCACUUAAUGAUAUGAAAAAGUAUAAUAAUGGGUUUGGUCCAACUUCAUUAAUUGAUGAUACAAUUGUGGGGUUGUACUUUAAGAUAUACUUGUAUUAUUUCAAAGAUACAAGCUCUACUGUUACCACUACUGAUUCGCUUGGUGCUAAAAAGAAGAUUGCCAAGAGAGAUAUAUUCCCUUUGACCAAUGAUAUUGUUAAACAAUUCAAGAAUGAAAUUGAUACCAUUUUCAAGAAUAGACCGGAGAUAUAUAAUGAAGUAAUUGUCAAAGAUAAAAAGCAAGAUGAACAUCUGGAGAAAGAAACAGAGAUAGCAACUAUAAUGGAAGAGAGACAAAGCGACAUUUCUGCAAAUGGAGGGAUUAGUGAACAAAAUACUGCACUGAAUGACAAUAAUGCAGCAGAGAAGAAAGAAUUGGUUAGUGGUGAUGGAACAACACCACAAGAAAACGAGCAAAUCGUUCCAGUUGAACAAGCUAGUCUGUCGAAUCCUGAAAAACAUUACAUUGAAGUAGAGGAUGAGCCAGCUGCAAAGAAGGCAAAGACCGAGGAUCGAGUAGAGCUGCCUGAGAUAAAUAACAAACAUAUUAUUGAAAUAUCAGACGACUAA